AAUAAAUCAUUCAGCCAUUUCAUAUUAACGUGCACGUGAAUCCGUGGAAAAGAACCGAAAAUCUCUUGGAAAAACCAUCAGAAGUCCGCGAAAUUUCUCGCGGUCCCAUUUCUCGCGUUAUCCGUAGUCCGUGCAUACAACGGUUAGUAUUUCCGGUUCCCCAGGCGUGCGCAAUUCGGGAGUGACGCUAUGGAAAAAUUUCGAUGUUAAAGAAAAAGGCUUCUAAUUAGCGCCAAACAAUUUCCAGACGCCAUAGGCAUGCCGCCAUUAGACAAAAAGGGCAAAAGAGUGCGCCCUAUUAUCAAAGAUAGUAGGGUGACUCCUAAGCGGUCUUAUAAGGAUGUGGUUGUGAACAGGAGGCCUCCACCCCCAAUCCCCAACCCACCUCCCCCUCCGCCUGAGCCCCAACCCCUAUCAGUAAUGGAGCUUCGGUCACUUUUUCACAUAAUGGGGCCCUAUGUCACAUCUAGUAUCCCACCACCUACGAGAUACCCAGACGACCCUUCGAUCGCCCCUUUCACUGAGAGCUACACAUCCUUAUACUACAGGAGGAGAGGUAUCGCCACACCAACUCCCAAUUUGACUCCAGAUUUUGAAGAAAAUGGGGUAACCGUUGAUGAUCCAGCAAUAAAUUCUGAUGGAGCGCCUUUAGAAAGCAGACCUGAAACAAGCAGGGCCAAUCCGCCAGUGACUUUAAAUAGAGAAGAUCUAAGGGCCAUGCCAGACACCCAUGACCAUCACCACAGAACAACCCCGCUAGCUCCGAGCGUCCUUCCAUUUUACAACCCGCGUGUUCCGCCUCCUCCUUUUCCUCGUCCACCUUUACCUCCUGCUACUUUUCCUCCUCCUCCUCCUCCUUUUCCUCCUCCAGGACCGUUUAGAUCAAAUGGUGUUACUCCAGGAUUAUUAAGUCAACCACCUCCAAAAAAAUUAGACUUACCAGCUGAAUGUAAAAAAUGCCGAAACGUGACAUUCUGGGGCAUGCUUUCAGGACCAGCACUACCACUUGGACACUACUUGCUACCCAGAGAAAAUAUACGAAUUAUACCGCCUCGUCCACCCAUAUACCAUCCCAGGGAAUUAGAAAAUAUAAUACCUCCAAGGAGCCAAGGUCCAUUUCCAGAAAACAUUCGAUUAUUAUCGGACCGCUAUGCUAUAUACCCAGGAAAUGUAAUUCCUUUCUCAGGAAGCAUUCCAUUCCCAAGAAAUGUUCCAUACUCAAGAAAAUAUUCAUCCCUAGGAAAUCUUCCAUUCGCAGGAAACAUUCCACCCUCAGAGACUGUCCCACAACCAGAGACCUCUCUAUUCGCAGGAAAUAUAUUCCCAGAAAACAUUCUACCACCCUUGAGAAUUAUUCCAUUCCCAGGAAACACACUCAAAUUAGGAAACCUGCCACCUUUGGACCACUUCUCAUUCCCAAUGAACAUUCCGCCACCACCAAUAAACCAUCCCGCUCUUCCACCCAUAGAGAACGUUCCACCAUUAGGGAAUAAUUCAUUCCCAGAGAAUGCCUUUAAAUUCCCAGAUAACAUUCCUCCAGGAACGGUCCUACCUUUAGGAAACGGCUCAUUCUCAGGAAAUGUUCCACCUUCAGGGAAUCCCUCAUUCUCAGGAAAUGCUCGACCGCCAGGAAACUUGUCAUUCUCAGGAAAUGUUCUACCGCCAGGGAAUCCCUCAUUCUCAGGAAAUGUGCCACCUUCAGGGAACCCCACAUUUUUAGGAAACGUUCCACCCUCAGGAAACCGCUCAUUCUCAGGAAAUAUUCCACCGCCAGGGAACCCCUCAUUCUCAGGAAAUGUUCCACAUUCAGGGAUAUUCCCAUUUUCUGGGAAUACACUCUCCGGAAACAUUCCACCCUCAGGGAAUCCCUCAUCCUCAGGAAAUGUUCCACCGCCAGCGAACCCUUCAUUCUCAGGAAAUGUUGCACCGCCAGAGAACCCUCCAUUCUCCGGGAGUACAGCCUCAGGAAACGUUCCAUCAUCAGGGAACCCCUCAUUCAAAGGAAGUGUUCCACCGCCAGGGAACCCCUCAUUCUCAGGAAAUGUUCCACCGCCAGAGAACCCUCCAUUCUCCGGGACUAAAGGCUCAGGGAAUCCUUCAUUCUCAGGAAACGUUCCACCUCAAGGGAUCCCCUCAUUUUCAGGAAACGUUCCACCCCAAAGGAUCUCUCCAUUCUCAGGAAACAUAUUCCCAAGAACCGGUCCACCCCCAGGGAACUUCCCAUUCUCCGGGAAUACACACUCAGCGAACGUUCCACCCUCAGGGAACCCCUCAUUUUCAGGAAACGUUCCACCCCAAGGGAAUCCUCCAUUCUCAGGGAACAUAUUCCCGAGAAACGGUCCACCCCCAGGGAACUUCCCAUUCUCCGGGAAUAGACAAUCAGCAAACGCCUCAUUCCCAGGAAAUGUUCCACCGCCAGGGAAUCCCUCAUUCUCAGGAAACGUUCCACCCUCAGGAAAUCCGCCAUUCUCAGGAAAUUUUGGACCUCCAGGUAAUGUUCCACCCUCAGGCAACUUAACAUUCCCAGGAAACCCUCCGCUCUCAGGAAACUUUCCGUUCUUAGGAAAUAACACCUUCUCGGGAAACGCUCCAUUCCCCAAUCCAUUCCCAGGGAAUACAUCCUCAGGCAAUAUGCCACCCUUAGGAAACACCUCAUUCUCAGGAAACACACCCUCAGGAAACGUUCCAUUCUUAACAAACUUGCCGCCUGUAGGCAAUAAUUUAGAAGGAGGCAAUAUUAUACCAGAAAAUUAUCUACCUCGGGAUUACAUACCACUCCCAAAGGGCUAUCCAUGGAUCUUGCAACCUAUUAGGAAUGUUUUGCAAGAUGGGAAUAAAAGGCCAAUUUUCCCAAUAAACUUUCCACCACCACCGCCAGUAGAUAAUUCCGGUCCACCCAAAAAGCCUGUUGCCCUUAAACGGCCAGCAGGACAUUCAAUAGCCCCUCCACCUCCACCGGAGGUGAAUAUUCCACGGAAUGUGCCGAAUCCUGAGGCUCCAGAAUUUGUACCUGAACGCUACCUUGACGGAGCUACUGAAUCCGAGUUGGAACUAUAUUAUGCGCGUUUGAAAGAACUAUCAGAUGCAAUCGAGAUUUAUAAGAGAGAGCAGGAAGAGGAGGAAUAUUUGCGUCGCACCUUUGAAAUUGCAAUGAGCGUUUUUGAGUUCGUUUUCAAAGACGUAAAGGAUGAUAUCUUCGAAGAAGAAGAAGAAGAAAACAAGGAACAAGAAAAGAAGGAAGAAGAAAAGAAGGAAGAAGAAAAGAAGGAAGAAGAAAAGAAAGAAGAAGAAAAGAAGGAAGAAGAAAAGGAGCAGAAAAAAGAUGACGAAAAGUAAAAUAAUCUUAUUCUUAUUACUAAUGUUUUGUUUUUAUACCAUUUCCGUUGAAAAGGUAUAAACAAGUUUUUAUUAAUAUUUUUAAAGAUCAUCUUCUGGUUGUUUGUCAUACAAUGUUCAAUCAAUUAAGUCUUCCAGUAGUCUUGCUCUUGAUUGAUUCUAUUUUUUUUAAUCCGAGAUGAUCUUUCCAUAUAUUCUAUUUAAUAUUAUAAUAAUCCUAGCUUAAUCUCUAUAUUUAAUAAAAGACCAUGAAACCGAUAUUUGCUUUAAAGUUAAAAAAUCUUUUUCGAAUUUUGAAUAAUCAUUUUAAUGGCACUAUAUUUUGAUGCAAAAAAAUGCAAUUUGUUAAAAGAUCUGUGAUAACAGUGUACCUGCCUCCUGACUGAUUUUAAGUUUUUGGUUAUUUGCUCAAUAGGUGAUUAGACAAAGACUGAUUAGAGUUUAAUGGGCUCAAAAAUGCAGAUGUCGUUGUUAUAAGGCUGUGUCACGAUUUUUACUAUCUGUUGAUUGGUCUUUUUUUUAUGUUAAUUACUUAGUUGUAUAAUUAAUCCCCAGUUAAUAUCAUAUGAAACAACGCCUGUAUGUAUUUUGUUGCUAAUAUUGUUAUCUAUAUUAGUUAACAGAAUAUUAGACAGUGAAUUACGUUUAAUAUUUCGUUGCUCUAUGAUAUCUGUUAUGCUUAAGACACUGGGUUAAUGAAAAACCGAAUUAUAUUUAUGUUAGUAUUAGUUUGUAUUUCCGACGCAUUCAAAUGUUCGACAAACGUUUGCUUUUGUAAUGUCGACAUUUUUUUUGUCUUAAUAAAAAAUUUUGAAAAAUA